AUGCGUCACUUUUAUGGCCUGCGCAAAAACUUGGUGCAUCAGUGGCCUGUCCACGCCAUCCCCACAUCAGCCACUGCUCCUCCUGCUGCUGCAAACCCAUGUAACAACAUACUCCAGAUUCCCGACAGCAUGCUGCAGUACCUUCGUCCUGUCGGAGUACUGAACGGUGUGUUUGUGUAUGACAUCAACUCAACUGCUGCUCCACUUAACACACCCGCUCCAAAAAAGAGGAAGCGUCAGGAUGAACAGGGAGGGGAGUACAUUAAGAAGCCUCCAAAUGCCUUCAUGAUGUUCCUGAAAGAGCAGAGGCCAAAGGUGAAGUCAGAAAUGAAGAUCAGUGGGAGCGCAGCAGUGAAUGCGGUCGUGGGAGAGAGGUGGAAGUCGCUGUCAAAAGAACAGCAGGACACAUAUUACGAGCAGACUGAGCAGCAAAGAAGGCUCCACACUCAAAAGCAUCCAGACUGGUCCAGCAAGGACAACUACGGCAAAAAGAGGAAGAGAACCCGCAGGUCCACCUGCAGCACAGGGAAGAGCAGAUUUCUGGGAAUCACAGGGAUUUUUUUUCAUGUGAGAUGUGAUGAAAACCAGACACAAAUGGAAUCUUACUGGAUCAGAUCAAAGACUAAUCUACACAACACAAGACAAGCCUGGCUUCUCCUGUGUGUUUACCGCCAUCCCCAUCAGUGGCCUGUGAACUCGAGUUCUGCAAACCCACGGCCAUUGAUCUUCUGUCACUGAUGAGGCCGACAGAUCCCUCCUCUGUGUAUGUUCCUCUUGACCCUGGCAACUGAACCAGCAGCUAGGACUGGGCUGACUCCAGCACCAAACAGUGAGGAUUCUUCUGUGACUACAGCGGACCCCUCGACAGAUUCUAUGUCCACACCUGUGUUUGCACCAGAGUCACACUCUGAAUCCACUCUGGUACUCCCCCCAGUGGCCUCCUCCUCCUCCACCCAGAGUCCUGGGUGCCUCCCCUCUGAAUGACUGCAGCUAUGUCUACCUGCUCUGCUCUACCUGCAGCUUCUACCCUCCCACCUCCUCAUGGGUCCUCCCAAUUCCAGACUCUUCCUGUGUCCAUCUCCUCCUUUAUCCUCCUCUUCCCUAAGUUUCCUGCAUCCACCUUUUUGGCUUCUCUGUCUUCCCUGACUCUACCUUCUUCCACUUCUCUUUCCC